AUGGACCACGGGGAGAAGAACACAACAGUCCAUGGCAAGACCACAAGUGCCCCAGAAGGGCCCAAGGACCACGGGGAGAAGAACACAACAGUCCAUGGCAAGACCACAAGUGCCCCAGAAGGGCCUAAGGACCACGGGGAGAAGAACACGACAGUCCAUGGCAAGACCACAAGUGCCUCAGAAGGGCCCAUGGACCACGGGGAGAAGAACACAACAGUCCAUGGCAAGACCACAAGUGCCCCAGAAGGGCCCAAGGACCACGGGGAGAAGAACACGACAGUCCAUGGCAAGACCACAAGUGCCCCAGAAGGGCCCAUGGACCACGGGGAGAAGAACACAACAGUCCAUGGCAAGACCACAAGUGCCCCAGAAGGGCCCAAGGACCACGGGGAGAAGAACACAACAGUCCAUGGCAAGACCACAAGUGCCCCAGAAGGGCCCAAGGACCACGGGGAGAAGAACACAACAGUCCAUGGCAAGACCACAAGUGCCCCAGAAGGGCCCAAGGACCACGGGGAGAAGAACACAACAGUCCAUGGCAAGACCACAAGUGCCCCAGAAGGGCCCAAGGACCACGGGGAGAAGAACACAACAGUCCAUGGCAAGACCACAAGUGCCCCAGAAGGGCCCAAGGACCACGGGGAGAAGAACACAACAGUCCAUGGCAAGACCACAAGUGCCCCAGAAGGGCCCAAGGACCACGGGGAGAAGAACACAACAGUCCAUGGCAAGACCACAAGUGCCCCAGAAGGGCCCAUGGACCACGGGGAGAAGAACACAACAGUCCAUGGCAAGACCACAAGUGCCCCAGAAGUUCCCACGGGCCACGGGGAGAAAACCAUCCCGGCCAACAGCAAUACCACAAGAGCUCCAGGGGGGGCCAAAGAACAUGGAGAAAAUGUCACUCCAGUCAAUGAGAAGACUACAAGAACUCCAGCCAAAUCUACAAAAUAUGGAGUAAAGACCACAUUGGCCACUGAGACAACAAACCCCCCAAGAAAUCCCGGAGAAAGCACAGGAAAAAACACAGCUACCACAGCGACUAUAAGACCUCCAUUCAAUGUCACAGGAGGCAAAUCUGUCACUAAUACCUCUCCUGGUUCAAAUAAAACUGAUGUUACCCAUGAGGUACCCAUUGGUUCUUUUACGCUCUCUACAUCUCACAUGGAGCCGAGUUCCAUCAUGUCAGAGGCCCCAGGCAACCAAAACCAUCCAUAUCAGAACAAAGAUGGGUCACAAAGAGGUCUUCAUGCUGGAGGAAUGAGGGAAAAUGAUUCAUUCCCUGCAUGGGCCAUAGUUAUUGUGGUCCUCGUGGCUGUGAUUCUCUUCCUGGUGUUCCUUGGCCUUAUCUUCUUGAUUACCUAUAUGAUGAAAACACGCGGUGCACUGAUCCAGAACAGAGAGGACAAUGGCCCAGAGGAUGAUGGGAGCCCUAAUUCCUACCCAGUCUACCUGAUGGAGCAGCAGACUCUCGGCAAGGGCCAGAUUCCUUCCCCACGAUGA